AUGCUUCACUAUGGCGGGCAACUUUUUCAGCAAUAUGUUGUUGACAACUAUGUCAAAAUAGAAUCAGAACGUCUUAAUUAUCUAAGAUUUAAUCAAGAUAAACUUCAUAAAGAACAUUACCAAGGUUUGCAUGAUUCAUAUCUGUUGGGAGUAACAAAUACUGCAGAAGUAGGAACACGAACCAUUUUACCUUCAUUGUUCAUAAGUA